AUGGCAAAUAAUGAAUUGCCCCCCCAACCGCUGCCAUCGCGGAGGGAGAAGAGUCUCGUGCUCCUGCAGCCCGCCGCGACAGGCUCCCCCGAGAUCUCCACCGCCCGCCGCGGCAGAUCCACCCAUCAGCACCCCCACCGGCGAGGUACCCCGCUCGGAUUCCGGCGAUGGCGGGGAUGGAGGCCUUCGAGGCCUACUUCCGCCGCGCGGAUUUGAACCAGGACGGCCGCAUCAGCGGCCAGGAGGCUGUCUCCUUCUUCCAGGGCGCCAACCUGCAGCAGCAAGUCCUCGCCCAGGUAUGGAUGCACGCCGAUCAGAACAAGACCGGGUUCCUUGGCCGGCCGGAGUUCUUCAACGCGCUGCGCCUGGUCACCGUGGCGCAGAGCGGGCGGCAGCUCACGCCUGAGAUAGUGCAGUCGGCGCUGUAUGGUCCUGCCGCGGCUAGAAUUCCAGCUCCGAAGAUAGCCACAGGGCCGACUCCUCCGCAGAUGAGUGCGGCGGGGGCUCCUAGGCCCCAGGGGAGCGCUGCGAUGACGCCCGCUCCAGGACAGGGCGGAGCAGCGCAGAUGAAUCCGGCUGCUGCUCCAAGGCCCCAGGGAAGUGGUAUGAUGCUGACUUCUACUCAAGUUAGCGCGCCGCAAGUGAACCCUGGAGCUGCUCCAAGACCCCAAGGGAUCAACUCAAUGAUGCCGGCUGCAAGUCAGGGUGGUGCUCUGCAGGCAACUCAAUUUGCUGGACCAAGUGCAAUGCAAUCACAGCCUCCUAACACGGGAUUUAAUCAACAGCCCCCUUCAAGCACCGGUUUCAUGAGGCCACCUCAGGUCGGAGCUCCGGCAACAUCACUUCAAGCUCAAGCACCUGUAAUUAAUCAAGGUCCACUGAGUGGAGGCAGCAUGGGAGGAUCUGUUGGUUGGGGAAGUGGUAAUGUUGGUUCAGUUGGAGGCGCUCCGCAAGUUACACCAGGACCUGCUCCUUCACAGACAACACGAGGUGGAUUUGGCCUUGGAUUGCCUAGUACAAUGGGCAUGGCUCCUGGACAGCAGGCACAAGCAAUGUCCUCGUCGCCUUUGCCUCCUCGUAGCAACAGUGCUGUAUUGCCUCAAGAUUCAAAAGCUUUGAUGCUGUCUGGAAAUGGCCCUGCCAGUAGUUCAGGGUCAAGCACUGACAUAUUCGCUGCUCUUACUCAGCCAAAGCCAAGUGUAUCUGCGCCCUCGCUUCCUACAAGCUUGAUGCCCGGCUCAUCCAGUUUUAUGUCCACACCAACUGGUUCCCAGAACCUGACGAAUCUAGCACAGCUUGGUUCUCUGCAAGGUAGCAGCCAACCUCAACAGACUCAGCCUACCACAAAGCCAACUGAGGAACAGGUUGUUUCUUCUGGGGUUUCUAAUUCAGCUUCCCAAUGGCCGAAAGUUACUCAAUCUGACAUCCAGAAGUACAUGAAAGUCUUUGGGGACGUUGAUAGGGACAGAGAUGGCAAAAUAACUGGUGCAGAAGCGCGCAACCUGUUCCUCAGUUGGAGACUUCCAAGAGAGGUUCUGAAGCAAGUGUGGGACUUGUCUGACCAAGAUAAUGAUGGCAUGCUUUCUCUGAGAGAGUUUUGUAUUGCACUUUAUUUAAUGGAGAGGCAUCGAGCUGGAACUCCUCUGCCUACGGUGCUUCCUGAAUCUCUUAAAUUUGAUCAGACCCUGUUACAAGCAACAGGGUUGCCUUCAACAUCAUACAAUGGCCCAUCAUGGCAACAGAAUCCAGGAUUACCACAAAGGGGCCCUGGAGCAUCUGGGUUGCCUGCUGGUGGUGUGCGGCCACCCUUGCCACCUCAUUUGCAUUCACAGACUGAUGGGGCUAGCAGGCCAGGGCAACCAAGAUCUCACAUGCCUGGUAUGGAUAAUCAUGUGGCAACUCAAGGAAACAAAGAUGACAGAAGUGGAGUGAACCCAGUUGUGCAGGAGGUGGCGGAUGCUCCUAAGAAGGUUGAGGUGGAGAAGCAGAUCCUGGACUCCAGAGAAAAACUGGAGUACUACCGCACAAAGAUGCAAGAUCUUGUCCUGUAUAAAAGUCGAUGCGACAAUAGGCUGAAUGAAAUCACAGAAAGGGCAUCUUCUGAUAAACGUGAGGUGGAAUCAUUGGCUAAGAAAUAUGAAGAGAAGUACAAGCAAGUGGCAGAGUUAGCUUCCAAACUGGCAGUUGAAGAACAUGCAUUUCGUGAUGUUCAGGAGAGGAAAGUUGAGCUGCAUGAUGCGUUAAUUAAAAUGGUACAAUGUGGCAGUGUUGAUGGAUUGCUUCAGGUUCGAGCCGAUCGAAUACAACAUCAAUUAGAGGAGAUGGAGAAAGCUCUUAGCGAACGGUGCAAGCACUUUGGACUGCAUUUCAAGCCAUCUGCAUCAGUUGAGCUUCCUUCUGGUUGGGAACCUGGACCACAAGAGGGAACCAUUGAGUGGGAUGAAGACUGGGAUAAAUUUGAGGAUGAAGGGUUUGGUAUUGUUAAGGAUAACGGUACGAUACAGGAAAACCCAGUUUCUGCUGAAAAUACAAAAGUACCAUCUCUUUGGGAUGAUGGGGAUGUUAUGUCCCCUGUUGCAUCUUCUAAUGGUCAUAUCAAGGAUGAAAGACGUUACAGAAGUGGUGAUCGCGUGUCUGAGAGUGAAAUAGGGUAUGAUUUUGGUGAUGAAUCUGUGAGAAGCCCCGGCAGUGCUGGAAGAAGUGCCUCAGGAAGCCCGUUUAAGUCUUCCCACUUUGGGAUGCAUGAUUCAUCUCCCAGCAAAAAAGAAACCUACAGUGACCAUGGUGGUUCUGAAUCCGUUUUUGGUGACAAGUUUGCUGAUGAAACUUCAUGGAACUUUGAUGAUCAAGAUACCGAAUCUGUUUGGGGUUCUAGUGCACUAAACACUGAAGCUGACCAUCGCGGCCGCACACAUAACAAUUUCUUUGGGUCUGAGGUGGGCUCGCCAAGUGGCGCUAGUGUAUUUGGAAUGAAGAGAAGUUCAUUCUUUGAUGAUUCUGUUCCAAGUACCCCUGCAUACACAUCUGGAUUCUCACCAAAAUUCAGUGAAAGUCGUGAUGAUAGCUCCUCUUAUAACUUUGGGAGCUUUGAUUCGUUCAGAUCCCAAGACAGUGGAUUCCCUCAGGAAAGUCGUUUUUCCAGGUUUGACUCCAUAAGCAGCUCGAAAGGCGAGAAUGUAACAGGAUCUGAUGCAGGGAAUAGCCCAAGAAAUUUUGGUCGGUUUGAUUCUUUUGAUGACGCCGAUCCAUUCGGUUCAAGUGGACCUUUUAAAGCAUCUGGAAGCAGGUCUCCCCCAAAGUUCUGAUAUGCCUAUGCCUUUCCGCUCUUAUUAGAGUCAUCUUGUACGAGUUGAUUUGUCAAUACCAGGCUCGGAUUCUUUGAGAAAACUCCAACGUUUUCAUGCCAUGGAUACCUUUUUGCUCGACAUUUCUGCUGAUUGCCCUGUGUGUAUUUUUUUCUGCCCAUCUCACGUACAAAGGGGACAGGUUUUGGUUAUAUUAUUUGCUUUUUUAAAACUUUUGUUUGUACUUGGUAAAUUAAACCAAGGUUGUUUUUUGUUUAUAGUCUAUAUGUAUGGUGCAACCACUCUCUAAUAUAUUUUUUCUUCAUUA